AUGGAUGUCUUAUUGGGAAUUACAACAGGCGACGCUGUCAUCCUCGCCACCUCAAAGGCUGCUAUGCGCGGUAUCUCAGUGCUCAAAAGUGACGACGACAAAACACGUAACCUUACAAGUACAUCUUCACUAGCCUUUUCCGGUGAAGCUGGUGAUGCUGUCCAAUUUGCUGAAUAUAUUCUUGCAAAUAUCUCUCUCUAUGGCAUGCGCAAUGGCUACGAAAUGUCAAGUACCGCCAUUGCCAGCUACCUGCGGAAUGAAAUGGCCAAUUCUUUAAGAUCACGAAAACCAUACCAAGUAAACAUGCUUCUUGGAAGCUAUGACGUUAGAAAAGAAAAACCUUCACUCUACUGGAUCGAUUAUCUUGCCUCUGGAGUCGAACUGCCUUAUGCGGCCCAUGGCUACGCGUCUUACUAUAUUCUGUCGCUUCUCGACCGCCACCAUCGUCCAGGCUUAACUCUGGAAGAGGGUCUUGACCUUAUGAAACUGUGUGUUGAUGAAAUCAAGCGCAGAAUCCCUCUGGACUUUAAGGGCAUUCAAAUUAAAAUCAUUGACAAGAAUGGUGUCCGUCUCUCCGACGAUCUUUAG